AUGACUUCAAGAACCAUCGAAAGAGAGGAGAAAAAGUUAAGCAUAUUCACAAACGACCCGGCUCUCGAAGAUUCUAGUUUAUCUAUUAGAGCAGAGCAACAGCCAGAAUGGGAUCCAGCAGAAGAACUCGCGGCUCGCGCAAAGGUAGACACGACUGUGCUGCCGCUUCUCUUUCUCGGAUUAUUGGUUUUCCAGCUGGAUCGAAUGAACAUUGCGAGUGCCUUAACUGGUGGAUUUGCAACGGAUAUUCGCGUCACUCCGUCAACAAUUAACCUAGGCAACCAGCUUAUGUUCAUGGGUAUUGUCAUCUUUGAGAUUCCCUGCAAUAUGGCUCUCCAGCGUAUUGGUCCACGAAAAUGGAUAUCAGCUCAAGUAUUUGUAUUUGGGUUCAUUGCGAUAAUGCAGGUUUUUAUAAAGAAUCGAGGGGGGUUCCUCGCGACUCGCCUCCUUCUUGGAUUUGCAGAGGCUGGAUAUAUUCCCGGGGCAUGUUAUACAUUGUCGACUUGGUAUACCAAGCGAGAGCUUGCCAAGAGAGUAGCCAUCUUCUUCUUCGGAAUGUUUGGUGGUAAUGCGAUUAGCCCUCUUCUUGCAUUGGGAAUUUUGCAACUGGAUGGGCAUCGUGGCCUUCGUGGAUGGCAAUGGCUUUUUUUACUUGAGGGCCUUUUUACAAGCUCGGUUUCCAUUAUUCUCCUAUUUUUCCUCCCUGGAUCGCCAUCUCAUCCAAAACCUCUGUUAGGUGAAGGAAUAAUAAAAUUUUCAGAAAUCGAAUCAAAUAUUUUGCAGAGGCGUCUCAAAUUAAACGGUGAAGAAGAUUCAGAUGGGCAAGGGCUCAAGAAGAUUCCUCUAGGGGUUGUUUGGAGCACGGUUACUCACUAUCGCCGCUGGCCACAUUUUGUUUCAACAUUUGUAGUAUUCUCCACGUGGAGCCCCUUAACCACGUAUACCCCUUCUAUCAUUAUGUCGCUGGGCUUUGCUAGGACCGACGCAAACGCUCUGGCUGCCGUUGGUGCAUUUAUCGCACUUGCUGUUGUUUUUCUAUUUGCGUUUUUUAGCGAUCGAACCAAUCAACGAGGUGCUUCUGUUAUUGCUGGUCAGACGUGCUAUUUGGUCACUCUGAUAGUGGCCCAUCAACUUCAGCCUCAUGUUGGAAGGUGGUCACGGUGGGGUUUGUGGACGGCUGUUAAUAGUUUCGCAGUUGGCUAUCAUCCCAUCCACAACUCAUGGGUUCAGCUUAAUUGCGCAGACCCCAGAGAGAAGAGUAUAAGUAUUGCAAUGUGGGUGAUGUCCGCUAUUAGCGGUCUUAUGGUAGGAACGCAAUACUUCCAAGCAAAUGACAAGCCACUUUAUUUAACUGGUCUGCGCACGAUGAUUGUAAUGGUUUCAGUGGGAAUUGCAAGCACUGCUUUUCAAAUCGCUGUAUAUGCGGUACACAAUAAACGCGCCAAUGAUGAAAAUAAACAGGGGAGUGUGCUUAAGGCUAAGCUAUAUGUGCCAUAA